UGGAGCCUCAUGAGGAGCAUUGCAAGGUAACAUCGUAGAAGUUAGGAGGGGAAAAGAUGAGUUUAAAGCCAAAUGCCACAGCCCCCGUGUGGGAAUAUUAACAGUGAGCCCAUCAACAUGAACGAGCCAGUAUGCCAAAUUUAUUUGAAAGCCGUAGCGACAAUACAAACUUGCCCACCUCAAACAGAUCAACCCAACCCAGUUUUGCCAUGUUGAAAAAAUAAAAACUACACAUUGAGAUGCAGAACCUUCGUUCCGACAGUCAACACUCACUGAGACGUUUGAUCGUGAAGAAAUACUAUACUAUGCUAUAAAGCCAGCAUUUCAAGAAAGGCUGCAAACGUUAGACAGACAGUACGGAUUGCCUGUGAGAAAACACGUCAGAAACGCUAAUUCCACAACUUUACAGAGUGAAAGAUGACAAAAGGAAAUAUUGCAUUGUUAUGAUUUAUUAUUGUUCGUUAUAUAUUGUCAUAACUGGUUUAUUUGGUCUCAAAAAAUGUCAAUUUGGCGGACAAUAAACAUUUCAAAAUACGCUUUCUUAAAUAAAAAAAAGUUUGUUUGACCAGUCAUAUUUUUUCAUUGUCCUUUUCUUAAAAUUAAUGUUAAAAUCUUGUCUAAUAAUAGCAAGUAGGCAACGUUUAGUGACUAACAUUCCCUGUCAUUGAAUGUAUAAGCUUUCAUAACCACACAAUGACUCCAAAAUGGUGAUCACGUCUCUGCAUCUGCGUAUUUUGUGUCCGUGCGCAAGCUAAAGACGUGUACAUACAGUAUAAAGAGCCAAAAUUGCAAAAACUGUAAUGACAAGAGAUUAAAAUGUGGCAAAAGAAUAUAUAAAGUGGUAACAAAAUGGAUACAAAGAGCCUAAAAUAAUUUAGGAAAAGUGAUUUAAAGCAAGCUAAAGAAUGGCUAAAAUUGUGUUUAAGGAGCAAAAAGUAUCAAAAAUGUUUUAAAAUAGCAAAUCAUAGCAGGGAUAGCCUGGCGAAGUUGCAUAAAUUGACUGAAGAUGAACAAAAAUGGGUUAAGAUGGGCAAGAAUUGACCAAAUGAAAUAAGGAAAAGGGGGGUUGGUUGUACACCGGAAAAACUCACAAACUCACCAAGUAUAUUUGUCUCAUUUCUAGUCAAAAUAUUUCAUCUAACUUAAUAUAAGACAUAAUCACCGAAAGAGUAAAUUCUUAUUUCACCGAGCAGACCAUUGAUGUCAUAUACUGGAUGUACAAACGUCGCACCUAGCUACACUGGCUAAUUUAUUUGUACUGCUAAUUUAAACACUUCAUCUGUGUAUGGAUGAGUACAAAAAACGUCCGGCUGGACUGGAGCUUUGUGUUUUUGCCUCCUGCUGCUCCAGCAAUCAUCCACGUUACAUCCAGACACCCAUUGGUCACCAUGAAUGCGACCUCAAGCCCUGACCCUGCCUUCAUACCAGCUCCUUUUGAUGGCUCUUACCAGGAAGUGGCCAUAUUAUCUGAUAGUGUUGGUGGUUGGGAUCAGAAAAACAUCAGCCGCAUUAUUUGGAAGGGGGCAAACUUUACUGAAUCGCCAGGAAACAGGACAGCUAUCCAGGCAGCAAAGGACUUUGACCCAUUAGGAGGACACUCAGUGUGGCAGGUUAUAGUAAUAGUUUUCCUGACUGGUUCACUAUCACUGGUUACUGUUGUUGGCAACAUCUUGGUGAUGUUGUCCUUCAAGAUCAAUAAGGCACUGAAGACUGUGAACAACUACUACCUGCUGAGCUUGGCGUUUGCUGACCUGACCAUUGGCACACUGUCUAUGAACUUGUAUACCACCUAUAUUAUCAUGGAUCAGUGGGCUCUGGGACCAGUGGUCUGUGACUUGUGGCUUGCAAUCGACUACGUAGCCAGUAACGCUUCAGUCAUGAAUCUUCUCGUCAUUAGCUUUGACAGGUAUUUCUCUGUGACCAGACCUUUGACCUAUCGUGCGAAACGCACAACCAAGCGGGCCAUGACCAUGAUUUGUUUAGCCUGGUCCAUUUCUUUCAUUCUCUGGGCCCCGGCCAUUCUGUUCUGGCAGUACAUCGUUGGUGAGCGGACAGUGCCGUCGAAUGAAUGCUUCAUCCAGUUUCUGUCUGAGCCCAUUAUUACAUUUUGCACUGCUAUUGCUGCAUUUUACUUGCCGGUCACUAUCAUGUCAACCCUGUUUUGGAAGAUCUAUCAGGAGACUGAGAAGCGUGCUCAGGAUAUACAGGGUCUUAAAGGUUCUGGUGCUGGGAACAGCCAAAAUCAGGGUGGAUGCAAUGGCACGAGUAACAGCCAGAAGGAAAAAUCUGCAUCAUUGCAACAAAUGAGCUCCCCGAACAGCAGGAGCGAUGAGCAAAAUCAGCCGCCUUCGGAGCACAACAAGGAACAGACCAGCCGGGGAAGAUGCGGUGCAUUCUUCUUCCCGUUUUUAUCCUUGCUCCUAAGUCGCCAUGGACCCAAAAGGGCUGAUAACAGCGCAACAGCAGAGCAGGGCAGCUGUGACAUUCUUAAUAACAAUGAAGCUUCAGAGGGGGAAGAAGUAAAUGAUGAAGACCGAUCAAGGCUUCCCGCAGAUGGAAAGAAGUCUAAAAGGGUGAAGAACAAGGAGACAAAAUCAUCACAGUCAAACCCUACACCACCUGCUGGGACAUCCCCUGGAAAUAUCUCAAUGAAAGACGCGGCCAUGGCAAAGAGGUUUGCCUCUAAAUCCAAGACCGAGGUCAACAAGCGCAAGAAUGAAAAAAAGGCAAAUGACAAGAAAGCAGCACGGACACUGAGUGCCAUCCUCUUGGCCUUUAUUACAACUUGGUUACCAUACAAUAUCAUGGUCUUAGUUAACACAUUCUGCCAGGACUGUAUCCCGGGGACGCUUUGGGCACUGGGAUAUUGGUUGUGCUACGUUAACAGCACAGUCAACCCCAUGUGCUACGCCCUGUGUAACAAGACUUUUCGAACAACUUUCAGGGAUAUUUUAAUGUGCCAGUGGAAUCAAAAAAAAAGCAAGCCUCAUUGUAAUCAGAGGAAUCCUGCGGCUUGCCGAAAAUAAGAUCAAAUGUAGACCACAUGUAAAAGGAAACAUUUUGGGAUGGAUGAAAAUUUGGAAAUUGAGAUAGGAUUUCUAGAGAGGGAAUGUACUAACUUUAAAUUGAACCUUUGGUAGGACAUGCUAAAAACUACCAUUCAGAAAACAGUCCUUUGCACCAGUUCUAUGGCUUGAAUGAUCCCAUUUUCUUUUCAUAUGAGUCCUUUGAAAGGAAAACUGCAAUUUGUUUCCUUAUGUGAGACUGAACACACGUCUUUCCUUUUUCUGUGGUCUAAAGAGAAAAAACAGCUAGCAUGAGGCAGCUAACAAUGCACAUAAUGGGAUUCAACUAUUGUGACUAUAAAGCCCUUUAAAAAAACCUCCAAAAAACACCAACAAUUUUUCAUUUACAUAACAUAACCUGCAUAUUAGCCAAGCUACAGCGACAAUGAUAUUGUUGGAGCUAAAACCGAAGAACUACUAUUCUGGCUUAGUGACUUAGCGCCACUCACAACGCCUCAGGCCUCAGCGCGAGGUUAGCUACUGGAUCUCCUGCUGCUUCUGUAUCGCCUGUGAGUUUGCUAGGUUCUAAAUCAUGCCUCGCAUGUGUACAGUAGGUUGUGGCAAUAAGCUGAAACGUUGGUCAACUUUUGAGAUUUCACAGUCUACCAACAACGGUAAACAUCUGGACAGACUGACGAAGUGGAUACUGCCGUUCAACCUAAGACAUGACAACGUCGCUAGGAAGACUCCGCGAGAUGCUCGGUAGCUCUCAGCAUUUUGUACCUGAAAACUAUCCUGAAUUUACCAGCUCAACGGGGAGCAAUAGUCAGUAGGACAGACAGCAGGAUUACACAAAAGCAAUUUCGCCAAAAAUUUAGUUGAAUCCUUUUAAACUAUGGAUAAAGGGGUUCAUAAAAGGGAAUUAUUAUUCAAGUUUAAACUGCUCAUGACACUAAAACUAAAAAAAUAACAUUGAAAGGCAUAUUUUUUGUGUUAGAUGUGUGCUCGGGUGUUGAAAUAUUUACUGUUUUUUACACUAUUCUCUGGAAAAGUAUCCUCCCAUCUACGUAUGUCCAAGGACUCGAUUUCGGUUGAAUUUUGGUUGGUUGUUGUAUGUUUUUUUUAUAUUAUUGCAGUUUGUUGUGUGGCAGGCCUUUGCUCGAACAAUCGCGGGGAUGAAGUAAGCUUCUUCACAUUUUUCCGAAAGGUAUUUGGCCAUUUUGAUGACAAUUGCUGUGAUACCGCGUCCGAGACUGGGGAAGCACUGACACAGAUGCAUGUAAACAAGUCCAAAACCCAGAAGACGUUCGACCAUGGAAAAGCAUGCCAAGGUGUCAGUAUGCAAAUCCACAUUUUUUCUACUAAUGUUCUCUAUUGCUAUUCUACAAAUCUUAGACUAAUAUUAUGGGUUUUCAUGCCAGGACUAGAUAAGCAGCAAUCGUUGGUCGCUGGUAUCGUAUCUGUCAAAAUCAGUCACUGCCAGUGAAAAAACAUACCCGUUGUGGCCCAUUUUUGUGUGUUACAUCAUACUCAUUCCAACACAACAUCAGUGAAUGUUAUAUUGUGUGAUUGUUGUAAAUAUGUCACCUUCUUUGUUUUGCUGUGCUUCAUGGCCGUGUUUGGUUGAAUCUGUUUGUCAGAAAGCGUCCUGGGCGUGACGUCACAGCGGCGAUUUGGAAAUUUCGCCGGUGGGUGGGUUUGACAACUUAAUUUCACUCGUAUUUUAUAGUUGUUUACUGGCGGAUGGCAGCAGCAGUAUGACAAAAAAAACUUUUAUCAAGUCAGUAUUUUCAUUUUGGUUUUUUUAACUUUUUUAUGUCAUGACCACUUUGGCAUCAGAAUGAUAACAGUGCCCCCCGGCAGUUUAUCAUCCUCCAUGUAUCACCAAGAUUGUGUUAAUAGAUUUAGCCUUGGUGGAGGUCUGUGCUCUAUUGAGUGACAUUCUAGUUAAAUGUGGUCAUUAUAGUGUUGCCUAAACAAAACACAGUACCGAAGACUUUUCUACAGUCAUAAAAUUGUAAACUUUUCUCGUUAGAAUACAACUUUUUUCUAUUUAUUCUUGUAAAAAUUUGUUUUUUCAAUUAUUGCUGUUUUUAAUUUUCCAACUAUUUCAACUUUCUUCUUGUCAAUUUUCUUGUCAUAAUUAUGACUAGUCCAUCUAGUCCAUUAUAACGUUUUCCACUACCUAAUUAACCAAAAAUUCGAACUUGACGUUUUUUUGUUUUUCAUAAUAUUGCGGCUUUAAAAAGAUAACGUCUUCAAUAUUUCAUCUUUAUGCUUAUAAAAUGACGUUAUUUUUCGUCAUUGUACUACUACUAUUAUUGUUUAAAAUUAUAACAUUUUGUCUUUUAAUAUUCUGGCUUCAUUCUUGUUAAAUGACUGCUUAUUUUUCUUUUUGUUGUUAAAUUAUAUUUUUAGAAUGUGCUGCGGGCCAAUAAAAAAACUGCUAAAGGCCCCCGGGUGGCACUUUGACCACCCCUGCCUUAGAAACAUUUAAUGAAAUUUCACAAACGGAUGUACCCAAAUAAUUAAAAUAAUUACAAGUGUUAUUAGUGUGACCGUAUUAAUGUGAAUCUUAUGUAGUUUUAUGUUGACACGAGCUCAUUAUGAAACAUAACACUUAUUUACAUUGUAAAAUGAAUGCACAUUUAAACAGGUGGUAGAAAAUUGCUCCUUUCCUGCUCGAUGUGCAGCAACCUGUUGCAAAGAUGCGACUUGCUGUUGGAAGCAAAACAAACACUGUGCAGUUUAUGGCAAUCAGAGUCAUAUACGUAGCAUUAACAUUCAUUCAAAUUUGUAAAAUGAGUGUUUUACAUACUGUAAAUAAAGGUGCAUGAGAACGUUUUCUUCCAUCCUUCAUGAUCGGGAGUAAACCGGGGGAUCUAACAUGUUUUUGGUCAUGAAUGGGAAUUAAAAAAACAAAAAGGAUUGGUUUAUUUGAAUUUCUUUUGACAUACAGAAAAUAAAACUGAAAUUCAGAGUGUCUUCUGUUUCAAAAAGCAAAUAACUUCGUCUCAAAAACCGGUUAGAUUUUUACUGUACAUUUCAUACAACAAAACAUAAAAUCACCAGUUAAAAAACGAAAAACAACCCAAACCAAAAAAAAGUUUUUUUCCUAUUCAGACUCUGGCAGUUUUCAUUUUCAGAGUCGGAGCUUGAAAGAUUACAACCGCACCUGUGUCCUAUUUCUUGCACGUGGGUUCAAUUCAAGUAGACCGUAAGGCGUGUUCCACAGGCAAGCUUUAUUGACAACCCACGACAACAACCGCAACCUCCAGGUCCGUUCGGCAACACUUUCUAUAUCCGGUACAGCCCGGUGUUCGAAAUAAAAGCACGCCAGGAACCUAUAACUUGUUGCACCACACCUGUGUGAAAGGGUGCAUUUAGUCAAACCUAGUCAAAAGAACGAUUUGUAUUUCAAUUUUAGUCUUUGUAUAUUAAAAUGAAUUCGAAUAAUAAACCAAUCAAUUUUGUGAUGGACUGUUGUGGAAUUGACAUUGUCGAACAUAAAAUGAUUAUUCUAAUUAAACCUAUAAUCCAACUUACAAGAAAGACUUGUUUUCACGGUAAUAAGUGCACUUAAUUAUCAAUUAUGGAGCAGACAUAUCCAGUCAACAUUACGUCACCUUCGCUCAUGUCCGUUAGCUUAGCUUAGCUACAUUGACGUGGUAACAUUACACCUCAGUGCACAUAAAAACAGUGUGGAUAAACGGUCAGCGUUCACACAUUUACAUCACUGAUGCUACUCAAAUAUGUCAUGAACAAUUAACGCUCACCUGUAACUGCAGUAAUAUAGCACAUUAGCAUUUCAUCACAAUGUUCUGGUUCAAAUGUAAUAUUUAGAGGUCGUCUUCUUGCUGAAGUGAUGCGUAUUUGGCCAGACACUCCCUCUCGUGGCGAAACAGUGCUAUUACAACCCAUUUGGUAUGGGUUUUUGGAGAACAGUCCAUAUUUCCUAGUGCAACAAAUGUUAGGUUUACAUUGAAAUGUGUGGGGGUGGCUUUCCCUACCCUUCCAUAAGUGUGGCAAAAAUAAACAA